AGGGGCCUCAUUCGCCGGGGGAGGGCUGCCUGGGCUGUCAGGCAGCCCUCCUGAAGAGGAUCGCGGCGGAAGUAAGUAAAUAUUACCUCGCCUGGGCUUAAGCCAUUAUGGCGUUCUAUGCCGCCGCAACGGCUUUAAAGCCGCGAUGGCAUAGAACGCCGUAACGGGGUUAAGGGGUUAAAUGUGAGUAUUCUAGAGUUCAAAGUUAAGACCAAAGUAAUCAAACUAAAAAAUAUUUGCUUUGGAUAAUUUUCCCAGUUUGGCUAUUUUGACUUUAAAUGUGGAAUUCUCUUUGAAUUUGAGGCAAUUCACAUUUUAUUGAAUAACUACACAUAUGGGAUCAUCAUAAUUUUGGAAAAACUUACAUUACACAGAGCUGUAAUCAGGGGCAUAACAAAGUUCCCCUGUUCCUGGGUACUACAAUAUAAAAAGGCCCCUUUUGUCCAUUGGCAUCUCCAGGAUUCAGAUUUAGGAAGGGCACAUGGGGGGCCAGAGACAAAAGUAGGGGGGCAAUUAUAAAAUGUGUAGAUAUAUAAACAUACACACACAUAUUUAGAUAUAUACAUACACACACUUGGAAAACAGUUAUACAUUGUAAACAAAAUCAGAUUUCUUUAUUUCCAGCAAACUCAGUAAAAUCUGUAAAUUUCAUUCUGAGAAACAGUAUAAAUCUGGGCUUUAUAUUCUUGGAUUACUGAAAUGUACUGGCAAAGCAACUUGAGCAAUAUGGCCAUUCUCUCAGCAAGGUUCUUUUGCUUUCUGAAUUUUGCAUCCCAGUUAAGAUACCCCGAGGGACAUUUCUCCAACCAGCUAACAGCCAUAGGGGCAGCAUCAGUGGCAGAUCCAGAGCCUGAUCUCUGUAGGGGCACUUGUAGAUUAUUUAAAUAAAUAAUCUAUGCACCAUAACCACUACAGCUCUGUAGUCAAACUGUUUAAGUACAGUUUGACAAAUUACCUGGGGUCUGCUGGGAUAUGCGCCUGUAGUAGGGCAUAGGAGCAGUGAUGUGUGGGGGGGGUGCAGUGUGGGUGUGUGGGGCAAUUUGUGUAUGGGGGGGCAGUGUGUGAAUGUGUAUGGUGUGUGUGUGAGGGCUGUGUGUAUGGGGGGCAGUGUAUGUAUGUAUGUGGGGGAAGUGUGUGUAGGGUGCAGUUUGUGAAUGUGUGGUGAGGAGGGUAGGGAGGCUUUUUUAUAAUGUGUUUUUUUUAAAUUUAAUAAAAAUAAAUAUACCUUAAACCCCCCCUCCCUUCUUACCUUUACUGAGGGAGGAGGGGGGACAUUUCUUGAUCCCUGGUGGUCCCCCAUAGCUCCAGGGCUAGAGUUCACUCUCGCAAGAUCCGGAGAGUUUUCGUGGUAACCACGGCAACGCUCCGUGUUCGCGAGAGAAGGACCCGGCGGAGCUGAAUGCUGAGCUCCUAGGUCAUCUCUCACUUCCUCCCAUCCGGUCCGUGAAGGCACAUUGCAGGGCUGGCACUUGGACAGUGCCAGUCCUGCAUUAGCUGGUGGGGGGGUGAGGGGGGGCUACUGUAGUGGUUUUAGUGACCAUUUGAGAAUGUUUUUACAACUUACCUGGGGUCUGCUGUAGCCGGUCACUUACUCUGCAGUCCAGAAGCUACAGCACUGAGCUAAGUUUGUUGGUGCAGGACUUACCUUAGUGGCUUCAAGUGCUCAGCUGAUACCCCUAGCCAACCUGCAGCUCUUGUAUGGCAGGGUUAGCUUAGGGUAGCUGCCAGAAGCCCCUUGCAGGAUGUCAGCUUACCAACGGAUUCCAGGUAAGUUGGGAAUGGUUUGACUACUUACACUGUGAGUGAGCUAGGCCGCUCAAAUGACCAUAACCACAAAAGCUCACUUUAGUGUGUAUUGUGCCUGAAGUGUUUUAAAGUUGUUUUCACUAAAUUAGGCAAGCUGUAACUAUCACUGAGUUAGGGAAUGUCCAAAUCGACUCUUUGUUCCGUAUUUCGGUGUUUGGCUCAUUAGACUUUGCUGUUUAGUUAAUAAGCCCCUUAAAGGGACACUGUAGUCACUAUAACCACUUUGUCUCUUUGAAUUGGUUAUAGUGCCUGGAGUGCCCUGGCACUGUCCCUCCAUUCAGUGUUACUGCACAAACAUGGUGCGUGCCACAAAAUAAGAGUCCCUGGCCACCCACAGUCCGGCCCCUUCUGUAUGUGUAGCUAAGGCAGAGAUUACACACUUCCUUGUUGUCAUACCCAUUCAUACUGUCAGUUGGAGCUCUGACAGGUUAAAAGCAGUCAGCUGACACUCUCUGCCAAUCACAGCUGCCCAUUGCGGCUAAGGGUAAUACUUCCUUAUUAGCCAAAGCAGCACAGAGGGGAUGGAUUGCCGGGGACUCUUGUUUAGCAUUAAAACAUUAAAAACUGUUUAAUGCUGAAAGAAAUGAUGGCACCAGGGACUCCAUACACUAUAACCAGCUUAAUGAGAUGAAGCAGAUACAGUGCCUACAUUGUCCCUUUAAUUCUUCUUUCUGCCGUCAUCAAUGGGUUGGACAACUUGAGGAAUGACUUUUUAGAGCAGUGAGUUUAUAGGUCAAAAUAGCAGCAUUUUAAAACCAAAAUUUUCACUUCUGCUGUUGUGGAGAUUUUUUCCAACUUCUGGAAAACCUUUACUAAACUUUGCAAGUUGGCUUUCCAAUGCAUAACACAUUUCUUUGUUUAUUGUGGCACACAGUAAACGUGUUAUACAAUGGUACAGUUGUGAAACUUUCAGUAAGAGCGACAAUGCAGCAGCACGAAAGUCUGCAAGGAGGUGUAGAGUGCACAGACCUACUGAAGCGUAAUGCGUAGACAAAGUCACUAUAAGAAUAAACUUCCACUUUUAUAAAACAAUUAGAUAAGGUAAAUGCCUGGAAUUACUUACUAUGCUUUAUAUUGACUUGACCCCGGCAAGCAAUUGCUUUGGGCCCUCCUGAACCCCAUAAUUUUAGCAUUUUAAUAAAGGGGUGUUGUCUUUUAAAUGCAAAUGUACAGUUCUGUGUAGUAUUGUUAUUUGAGUGAAGAGGUGUGUUUGUAUAUAAUUUUGGAGUUUGAAUUCAGUGUCUUUGUAUGUAAUGUUUGUGUUUGCAUGAGUGUGUUUGCAUGUUGUAUUUGAUUGCUGGGAUGUAUGCACAUACUAACACAGAUAUACAUACACAUUAAAAGCAGAUACACACAUAAUCACACUGAUGCAUGCACACACCUUGACACACAGAUACAUACACCGACACAAAGACACUGGUAUAUACACACAUACCUAGCACAUACACACACACACACUCAGAUACACGCGUACAAACACUAGCACAUCCACACACAGAGAUACACACUGACACAGAUACAUAUACAGGUAUACAUGCAGGGGUGUAUCUAUAUGCAGUGUUGGAGUGCUGAGAUGUAUACAUUGCCACAUACACACAGAUGCCUACUUACCCAAACACUGAGAUACACACAGGUACUCACACAGUGGUGUAUUUGUGUGCAGUGGUGUUGUUGGAAUGCGGGGGUAUAUUUGUGUGCAGUAUUGGCAUUAUAAUGCUGUGAUGUAUGAAUUGCCACAUGCAUAGAUACACACUGACACAAAUACACACACACACACACACACAAGUACAGAUACACAGACCUACAGGUACACAUAAACACUGACACACAAGUACACAGACACAGGUAUACAUUCACACAUACACAGGCACACAUAAACACUGACACACUGGUACACAUACAGCCAGAUACACACACUGACAAACACAAGGCCAGAUACAUAUAAAGUCAUAUACACACACUGACAAAAACUCUGCCAGAUGUACACUACCAGACACACACACACACACAAACACACACUGCCAGUCACACACACACACACACACACACACAGUCAGGUAUACACACUGACACAGACCCAGAUACACAACAUAAAUAAGAAUCAAUCUUCAUAUUAGACCCACCCUCCUGUCUCAUUACCUUAUGGGUACAGAAGGGUGGCUUCCCUGGGCUAUUAGAGCUGGAUGGCCAAGGCUGAUGGGAGUCUGAGGAACCAGGCUUUCUCAGUCUCUCCUCCACUUCCUCCUUUUCUGUAUGUGCCUCCUAUUCCACAGCCACAGAUAGGGGCCCGGUCCAGAGCACUAUUAAAGGGCUGGGACCCCUGAUUACCUCAGGUGUGGCUGCCCACCGGGACAAUUCUCAGGAUUCCGGUGGGCUUGUCAGUAUCCUGUUUGUGGGCAGGGGGCCCAGUUACUUCUGGGGGGCCCAAGGCAGCUGCCCCGUUUGCUCCUCAUUAAAGACAGCCCCGAGGCUAAGUAUUAGUAGCAAAACUGAGAUUAAAACAGGCUAGAUAUGCAGGAUAUUAAUACCAUUGACAUCCCCCUCUAUCUCAGCGCAAAAUAAAGCAACGACAUAACGAGAUACAGAGAUAAAAUAAAAACAAGAACAAUGCUGUCUGUACUGAUUAUAAGCCAAUCAAUGCGGAAAACAUUAACUAUCAUGCAAGAGACAGUCAGGCAGGCCAUUAGGUGGCUUCCAACAGUGGGCCCAAGAUGAUAAGUCUCCCAUCAGCCAAUGCCCCGACUCAGGAGCAGAAAGAGGUAGGUGAGCAGCACUUUGAGACAGGAGCCAAGUAGAGCACACCCCCAGCCCAUUAUGAGGGCCUGCAUCACUCAUCCACGAACUCGGGGGCUUGUUGGUGAGUCCAAUUUCUUCCUUGUUCGGAAACAGCAAAAGCUUCUGGUGGACUGUAACUGCCAGAUGUGCUGGUUCUUCCGUGUUGGUGGUGGAUGCGGCGGGAGUGUAUCCUAUCUGGCCUUCAGCCCAGGUAGGCCCAAGUUGGGAGACUCUGGUGCUUGCAAGGAAGUUGCGCCCAGGGGAAUCCCUCACCUCCCUCACCACUCUUCCUCUUGGGGUUGAGUCGGUAUAGCAGGAAGACGAGCUUCCAACUUUGCCCAGAAGCUCUCAAAUAUCUCAUUUAGGUGUGUUAGGAUACCUUCAGUUGCACUCUGUUGGAUGUUCAGAGGCUCUUGCACAGAAAGGGACUGCGCACCCGCCAUCUUGAAGGGGUCCACUGCCGUAUAAGCUUGGGCCAGUGCAGGUGCUCUGAGUCAGCACAGGUAUGUGGAGCAAGUCAGUGGGGACCCGAAUAACCCCCACCGGUCCAAAGGGGGGAGAGACAGCUAUAUACGGUGGUCGGCUCGGAGACCGGAGAACUGGGAGAGCGGCCGCCUCUCCUGAACUCAAACUAAUGUAGGCCGCAGGACACGAUCCAGUGCCUGGAAAGCAUGUGUGAGGUAUCCACUGGUGCUUGCUUAACAGGGUGUGUACUAUUUGUGGACAGAUUGGUUGAGUGGCCCCCGAUUAGACCAAGAUUAUCGGUACCCAACUCUGGAGCUCUCAUAGAGCACGUCUAGUCGGUUCAGCAGUCAAGCUCCACCCCCGCAUCACACAUUCCUAUGUGGUUAGCAGACCCAUAGGGUUCUCUGGUACAUGUAAAUAUACACUAGGAUAUUUACUGAGGUUAAAAUCCAUCUAUAAAAUGUAAAAUGUGGGUAUUCAAUAAAGAUAAUUUAAGGUCAACCUCUUUACUAGGAGCUCCAUAUUGUUGGUGUGUCUGAGUGUAUAACAGAGCUCCACAGCAAUAAUACGCCCAGUAAUGUGUCUGAGUGUAUAACAGAGCUCCACAGCAAUAAUUCUCCUAGUAAUGUGUCUGAGUGUAUAACAGAGCUCCACAGCAAUAAUACUCCCAGUAAUGUGUCUGAGUGCAUAACAGAGCUCCACAGCAAUAAUACUCCCAGUAAUGUGUCUGAAUGUAUAACAGAGCUCCACAGCAAUAAUACUCCCAGCAAUGUGUCUGAGUGUAUAACAGAGCCCCACAGCAAUAAUACUCCCAGUAAUGUGUCUGAGUGUAUAACAGAGCUCCACAGCAAUAAUACUCCCAGUAAUGUGUCUGAGUGUAUAACAGAGCUCCACAGCAAUAAUACUCCCAGUAAUGUGUCUGAGUGUAUAACAGAGCUCACAGCAAUAAUACUCCCAGUAAUGUGUCUGAGUGUAUAACAGAGCUCCACAGCAAUAAUACUCCCAGUAAUGUGUCUGAGUGUAUAACAGAGCUCCACAGCAAUAAUUCUCCUAGUAAUGAGUCUGAGUGUAUAACAGAGCUCCACAGCAAUAAUACUCCCAGUAAUACAUUGUGUAUAACAGAGCUUCACAGCAAUAAUUCUCCCAGUAAUGUGUCUGUGUGUAUAACAGACCUCCACAGCAAUAAUACUCCCAGUAAUGUGUCUGACUGUAUAACAGAGCUCCACAGCAAUAAUUCUCCCAGUAAUGUGUCUGACUGUAUAACAGAGCUCCACAGCAAUAAUACUCCCAGUAAUGUGUCUGAGUGUAUAACAGAGCUCCACAGCAAUAAUUCUCCCAGUAAUGUGUCUGAGUGUAUAACAGAGCUCCACAGCAAUACCCACAGCAAUAAUACUCCCGGUAAUGUGUCUGAGUCUAUAACAGAGCUCCACAAUAAUAAUACUCCCAGUAACGUGUCUGAGUGUAUAACAGAGCUCCACAGCAAUAAUACUCCCAGUAAUGUGUCUGAGUGUAUAACAGAGCUCCCCAGCAAUAAUACUCCCAGUAAUGUGUCUGAGUGUAUGACGGAGCUCCACAGCAAUAAUACUCCCAGUAAUGUGUCUGAGUGUAUAACAGAGCUCCACAGCAAUAAUACUCCCAGUAAUGUGUCUGAUUGUAUAACAGAGCUCCACAGCAAUAAUACUCCCAGUAAUGUGUCUGAUUGUAUAACAGAGCUCCACAGCAAUAAUACUCCCAGUAAUGUGUCUGAUUGUAUAACAGAGCUCCACAGCAAUAAUACUCCCAGUAAUGUGUCUGAGUGUAUAACAGAGCUCCACAGCAAUAAUACUCCCAGUAAUGUGUCUGAGGGUAUAACAGAGCUCCACAGUAAUAAUACUUCCAGUAAUUUGUGUGAGUGUAUAACAGAGCUCCACAGCAAUAAUACUCCCAGUAAUGUGCCUGAGUGUAUAACAGAGCUCCACAGCAAUAAUACUCCCAGUAAUGUGUCUGAGUGUAUAACAGAGCUCCACAGCAAUAAUACUCCCAGUAAUGAGUCUGAGUGUAUAACAGAGCUCCGCAGCAAUAAUACUCCCAGUAAUGUGUCUGAGUGUAUAACAGAGCUCCACAGCAAUAAUACUCCCAGUAAUGUGUCUGAGUGUAUAACAGAGCUCCACAGCAAUAAUACUCCCAGUAAUGUGUCUGACUGUAUAACAGAGCUCCACAGCAAUAAUACUCCCAGUAAUGCGUCUAACAGAGCCACAGCAAUAAUACUCCCAGUAAUGUGUCUGAGUGUAUAACAGAGCUCCACAGCAAUAAUACUCCCAGUAAUGUGUCUGAGUGUAUAACAGAGCUCCACAGCAAUAAUACUCCCAGUAAUGUGUCUGAGUUAUAACAGAGCUCCACAGCAAUAAUACUCCCAGUAAUGUGUCUGAGUGUAUAACAGAGCUGCACAGCAAUAAUUACUCCCAGUAAUGUGUCUGAGUGUAUAACAGAGCUCCACAGCAAUAAUACUCCCAGUAAUGUGUCUGAGUGUAUAACAGAGCUCCACAGCAAUAAUACUCCCAGUAAUGUGUCUGAGUGUAUAACAGAGCUCCACAGCAAUAAUACUCCCAGUAAUGUGUCUGAUUGUAUAACAGAGCUCCACAGCAAUAAUACUCCCAGUAAUGUGUCUGAGUGUAUAACAGAGCUCCACAGCAAUAAUACUCCCAGUAAUGUGUCUGAGGGUAUAACAGAGCUCCACAGCAAUAAUACUCCCAGUAAUGUGUCUGAGGGUAUAACAGAGCUCCACAGCAAUAAUACUCCCAGUAAUGUGUCUGAGUGUAUAACAGAGCUCCACAGCAAUAAUACUCCCAGUAAUGUGUCUGAGGGUAUAACAGAGCUCCACAGUAAUAAUACUUCCAGUAAUUUGUGUGAGUGUAUAACAGAGCUCCACAGCAAUAAUACUCCCAGUAAUGUGCCUGAGUGUAUAACAGAGCUCCACAGCAAUAAUACUCCCAGUAAUGUGUCUGAGUGUAUAACAAAGCUCCACAGCAAUAAUACUCCCAUUAAUGCUUCUUUAAACUACAUUAAAUCUGUUUAGAAAUCAGUCUGUAAAUAAGAUACAUUGUUCCCAUAAUUAUUAUAUUCCAUGACAAACUUCUUUCAUUAUUUAUUUUUCUCUCUGGUUUCAUAUUGUUAGACUCGUUUUAGCAUUCUUUUGUGAGAGAUUAUGAAUUUUCACCCUUAUGGUUACUAUUUUCUCAGAGAGGAUUAAAUAAAAUGGUAUUGUUUUGAGAAUCUGAUGGCUAUUCCAUACUAUCAUUCAUUCACAUUCAUUCCUUCUAUUGCGGAACGGGGAGAGAGAAGGAACCUUCAAAUCUUCUUCUGCAUAGUUUUUUUUUUAUUAUUGAUUUAGAUUUCAAACUUUUACUACUUUAGCCAAUAUUUGAGAGAAUUAGAUUUUUUUUAAAACCAUUAAUACCAUUUCUUCCCGAUAUCCUCCCAGUCCCAUUUUCAUCAAUGCUUGAUGUUCUGUUUGUAAGAAAAUAUCUUUGAGAUCCAAGUCCUCCUCUGUCCUCCAUUUUCUUACCAGCUGAAGCUUGCUGGCUAACAGGAUAUGUACUAUUACGUGUCGAGUUCCCACUAAUAGCUUCGUCAGGCCAAUAUGAAAUAUUGCCAUUGCUAUGUUUGGUUGUAUUUAUGUAUUUGCUAUGAUAGAUAUUAGAAGAAAUAGUUUAGCCCAAAAUGUUUCAAUUUUUUUUACAUUCCCACCAUAUGUGGGGGUUUGAGCCUUGUAAUUCCAACCACCUCCAAUAUUUCCCAUUUCCUCCAUUGAUAUUUUUUUUAUCUAACCGGGGUUAGAUACCAUCUAAAAAGAACUUUGAAGUAUACUUCUAGUAAACCUAUAUUAUGGGUAGCAGAUUUAGUUAAUUUAAUCGCAUCAAUCCAUUAAUUUUCCUCUAUAUUAAUAUUAAUGUCUUCCACCCAUCUUUUUAUAGGGGCCAUCAUAUUAAACUCACUCUGAUUACCUAUGAUAUUGAAGGUUAGCUUGCUUAACUGUCUCCUCUUCCUUCCUAAUAGCAGUUCUUCCAUUCUUUUGUCUAUUACAGGAUUUUUAUUUAACACUUCUUUUUCCUGGUAGUUUUUAAUCCUCAAGUAAUUGAAUAAUUUCUUGGAUUGGAGAUUGAAUAACGAUUUAAUAUCUUCAAACGAUACGAUCUUGUUCUCUUUAACUAUUUGGUGUGUACAUCUUAUUCCCCCAACUCUCCAGUCUUUUAAAUUAAUACUCCCUAUUCAGAUUUCUACCACCUCGACCGGUAUUCAGUUAUUAAUAUUAUAUCUUGACAGAUAUUUAUACCUAAGAUUUUUCCAAGCCAAACUUAAAUCUUUAAUUAUAGGAUUACUAAUAAUUCUGUGGGGUUCUAACGACCAAAACAUGAGUCUUACCUGCGAAUUCACAUUUUUCUAAAUGUUGCCACUGUUGAUGUUCUUCCCGUUUACACCAUUUAACCAUAUGUGCCAACAUAAUUGCAUCAUGGAUUUUAACCACAUUUGGGGAUCCUAGACCUCCCUCCCUUUCUCCUCUAGAUAUCACUUGAAAUGCCACUAUUGCUUUUUUUAUGAUUCCAUAUAAAUUUAUUGAAUACUUUUUUGAAAUUCCAUUAAGAUGUUCUUAUCUACGGUAAAGGGAAUUGAUCUGAAUAUACAGGUUUUGGUGAGAUGUAAUAUUUAAUUAUAUUUAUUCUUUCUAUCCAUGAAAACGUGAUCCUUGCAUAUUUGUAUUCCUAACGCUAUAGUGUUUCUUUAAUUAGCUAGAGUAGCCACAAGGCAGUAUACUCGGUACAGACUGGAGCUCACAGUCUGGCCUAACUCUCUGACAGCUGCAAACCAAUGAUCUAGGUAAACUAAACUAAUUUGGUACUAUACCUAUAUGAGGGAAUGGGGAAAAUACCUAUACUGGCUAAUCAUGGCAGCAUCACUUAUGGGUAGCUCCUCCCUUAGCAGUCACAGGACAGGAAUUAAUUAGAUUAAUUAAUUAGACUGAUAGGUAUAAAGAGUCCCUCCUCCCCUUACACCUCAGUCUUUUUUCCUGUCCUUAGCAAGUUCUACAGGACUUUUUGCAUUUUAUUUUAUGGCCACCUUCCUGCGUUUGUCGUAGGUUUGUUCCAAAUGAAGUUCAGCCUCUCUUCAUUUGAAGGGCCCCAUAAACAGCCUGCAUGAGCAGGACUAACUGGGUCAGGUUCAGUGUAUGUACUGAACUGCUGCGUGGGAUUUGGUGUUCUGAGGGAAACACGGCUACACGUAAUCUGAGUAUAUGGGGUUGGUCCUCCUUAAAAAUUCCCCUUGUUAUCUGUCUUGCCCCUAGCAACUGGGGUCAAAAUAAUUCCCUCCCCUAGUGUUGGUGGCAGUGUUUGGGAUCCAUACUAUGGGGGUCCUCCUGUGGGGGGAUCCUGUUACUUACUUCUGUGCAGAGUGACCUUUCCUGGGGGUGGAGUCCCUCUCUGCUGCAGCAGGGGGUGCCCUCUGUUGUUGCCUGUAGGUUUCUGGUGAGGCCAGCGUGGUUGGCUGGAACGCGGUGUGUGUUCCAACAGGCGGAAGUGACGUCGUGGCCGGGUCGGAGAUACCGGAAGUGACGUAAUUUUAGGCCGCGAGCGUUUGGCACGCAUAGCGUGCGUUCCAGCGGUUUGCACAUGCGCGGAACUGCAGGUUUUCCUGAUGCUAUUUAAACCAGGGGAUCCUGGUUCUCUGCCUGCUCGCUGAGUUAGCUGUUGAGUGAAGUUGUUCCUGUGUGCUCAGAUCCUGCUCCUUGGCUCUGUGCUUGGCUGUCUGGAGUGGUUUCUGUCUUUAUCAGGUAGGAUUCCUUGUUGGGCAUUUGCUGGUCACUUUGCUGCUGUCUUCUUUCUAAGAAAGUCAUCUAUGCAGGGACUUGUGUCUUAUAGUUUUCUUUUAAUUUCCUUUGUAGUAUGGAUUCCCCCUCUGCCUCUGCAAGAUCCGUCUCAAGAAAACAUAGGUGAGCCAUUUUUGUUGUGAUGGGGGGGUUGUUAAAAAGAGUGCCAAUUGAGCCUGUAAUAUAUGUUUAUAUAUGGCUUUGUUUCAGCCCCAGCAGACAUUUGGAUUCUCCUGCAAGGAAAUCAAGGGAAAAAAACAAUAAAUGCAUUAACUGUUCGUCACCUGUACCGCAAGGAAGAAAUCUAUGCAGGGAUUGCUUGUUGGAAGUGGCGGAAGUUCCCAGUAAUGUUUCUCCGCAGGAUGACCUUAAACACUGGAUUUCCCAAGCUAUUGCUGAGGGCUUUAAGUCUACCACAGUGCCUUGUGGUCCGAGCAAGAGAUGCAGAGCGGAACCUCAGUCUUCCAGCUCUGCAGAAGACCCUGACCUGUGGGAGGUCUCAGAGGACGAGGAGGAAGUGGAAUAUACCUCCAGGUCUCUUGACUCUAAGUCUAUUGAUAGGCUUAUUACCCUUCUUAGUCUCACAGAGGAGAAGUCUGAAUUGAGAGAGGCUGACAGGUUCUUUGAAGACCUAAAACCGAAUAGACCUAUUUUCCCGGUACAUUUCUCGAUCAGGGAUAUGAUCAUUCAAGAAUGGAACAAGCUGGAAAGGAAGUCCACCUUGAAAAAUAAAUUCUCAAGGAUUUACCCUUAUUCUGCGGUUGACUGCCACUUAUGGAAUUCAGUUCCUAAAAUUGACGCCGCAGUGAUUCAUGUGGCAAAGAAAACUACGCUUCCCAUUGACUCCAUGGCAUAUCUGAGAGAGCCUAUGGAGAAGCAUAUGGAUGGGGAUCUCAUAAAAGCCUAUUUGGCGCUGGGUUCCGCCCUCCAUCCGGCUGUGGCACUUACCACUCUCUCCAGGGCCUUGAAAGUAUGGCUCGCCAAUUUGGAAGAAGACAUUGAUCGGGGUGUCCGUAGGGAACAUCUCUUGGAGAGUCUCAAGGACUUUAGCGUUGCCACAGUUUUCUGUUCGGAAGCCUCACUGGACAUCACUUGCAUGAUUGCCAAAAGUAUGGCUCUGUCUGUGGCAUCUAGAAAGGCUCUAUGGCUUCAUUCGUGGGGAGCGGACUAUGCCUCUAAGGCAUCCUUGUGUGGCCUUCCCUUCCAGGGGGAUCUCCUAUUUGGUAAGAUUCUGGAGGAGGCUAUUCAAAAAGCUGCUGAUUACUUAAUAUAAAAUAGAUUGGAGGCUACAGUAGACAGAUAAUCAUGGCUGGAGGACAUAUGUUGUACUCAAUGAACAUAUUUGGUUGUAAUGGCAUCUAAUAAUGCUGUGUUUUGAUUAAUACCGAAUAUUGUUUGUGAUAUUUAUCUUCUUAUUGCAAUGUAAUGAUUGUUUUGCUGUGGUAUCUGAUCUUGUUAUAAAUAAAGAAUUAAAAAAUAAAUAAAUUUGCUGAUGGGAAAAAAAGCAUUUUUACCUUAAAUAAGCAGAGUGUUCACAGUGUCCUUGGCCCCAAAACCCCAGGGAAAGUGGCGUCUCAUGCUGAGCUUGAAGGGUGUAAACUCCAUGCUCGAUGUAAGGACAUUCAAAAUGGAAUCUUUACAGACCAUCUUGAAGAACGUCAAAAGAGGAGACUGGAUGACCUCCAUAGACUUGAGGGACGCCUACUACCAGAUACCUAUAAACCAAGAUCAUAUGCAGUUUCUCAGGUUCUGGGUGCUAGGAAGGCACUUUCAGUUCCGGGGACUACCGUUUGGCCUCAGCUUGGUGCCAAGAAUGUUCUCGAAAGUUCUUGUUACUUUGAUAGCCUUCAUAAGGGAGAAAGGUAUCGAGAUCUACCAUUACUUGGACGACAUCCUUAUCAUAGGUCCACCUCAGAGGAUAGUAGCUCAUCACACGUUGGUGGCAAUGAAUAUUCUUCAAGACCACGGUUGGCUUCUGAAUGUGGAAAAAAGCUCCCUGAUUCCUUCUCAGACGAUCAUAUUCCUUGGAGCAGUGAUAAACACAGUAUCUGCCCAUGUGUUCCUAUCUCCGGAAAGGGUCACAAAAAUCAGAGACAAAGUAGGGAAGCUACAAGGGCUUGAGACUGCUUCUGCAAGACAAGUCAUGAUUCUCCUGGGUUCUUUGACAUCAACUAGUUUCGUCCGAUCCAGAAUUGCUUCCUUCUCCAGUUCGACAGAGUGGGAACAGAUUGGGAGCAAAGGAUCUCUCUACCCCUGCCCAUGAGGAAAGGGUUGAACUGGUGGAAGAACAGGAAGAACUUGGCAGCAGGCUUCCCGUUGGAGGAACCUCCUUGGAAGGUUAUUACAACAGAUGCUAGUUCUUUUGGAUGGGGUGCCCACUUCAAUGCCACAUGGACUCAAGGGAAGUAGACCUGAGAAGAGAGUCAGCUACACUCAAAUCUAAGAGAACUGAGAGCGGUUUCCAAGGCCAUCUUGGUGUUCCUACCAAGGAUCAAAAAUUCUUGGGUACUGAUCAAAACAGACAACCGAGCGGUUGCUUCAUAUGUGAACAACCAAGGUGGCACAAGAAGCAGAUUGCUCUUGAAGGAGCUAGCUCCCUUGAUGACAGUAGCCAUGACCAAUCUCCAGGGUCUGAAGGCAAUCUAUCUUCCAGGUUCGGAGAACGUGACUGCAGACUAGGCAGGAAGGAAAUUCUUCCGGGGGAAUGGAAACUUCACCCGGCAGCCUUUGCAUGGAUUGCUCAUCGGUGGGACAUACCCCAGAUCAACCUGAUAGCAUCCUCCCAGAAUCAUCAGGUGGAGAAUUACGCUCCCUCCACCAGGACAGUCAGACAAUGGGCCAGGAUGCUCUCUCUCUUCCUUGGUCAUUCGAUCUGGGGUAUGCGUUCCCUCCCCUACCCAUGAUACCCAGGUUCCUGCGGAAGGUUUGGUCGGAAGGCAAGAAAGUUAUUGCCAUAAUUCCGAUUUGGCCUCGGAGGCCGUGGUUCCCCCUAUUGGCUAUGAUGAGCCAAGAACAGCCUUGGCCUCUUCCUGUUAUGGUGGAUCUGCUAACGCACGGCCCAAUAUUCCAUCCUCAUCCGGAACGCCUCAAAUAGGGGGUAUGGGUCUUGAAAAAGAAAGACUUCAACUACUAGGUCUCUCAGAAGCAGUGGUCAAUACCCUUUUGCAAUCAAGGAAAGCUUCUACUUCCACAUGCUACCAUAGGAUCUGGGAUGUGUUCCGGGAAUGGGCUUCGGCCAAAAAGGUUGACUUCCUGCAUCCUCACAAUACUGAGAUCUUGGAGUUCCUGCAAGAGGGUCUGGAUAAGGGCCUUAGCCUCAGCACUCUUAAGGUUCAGUCUUCGGCGCUUUCAGCUUUGUGCAACAUCUCAUGGACUUCAGAUCCUUUGAUCUCCAGGUUCUUCAAGGCAGCCUUUAGGUUGAGACCUCCUUCCAGAUAUACUACCCCUCCUUGGGACUUUCCUCUGGUGCUCAAUUACCUUACUGAGGAUCUGUUCGUUCCCCUAGAGAGUUUGGAUGCUACCCUCCUGACGUAUAAAACUUUGUUUUUGGUGGCAAUUACUUGCGCAAGACAAAUUUCGGAGAUUAAAGCAUUUUCUACCUUAUCUUCUUGUCUACAAUUCUAUCAGGAUAGGGUGUGUCUGAAACCAAAACCUGAGUUUUUUCCUAAGGUGGUCUCUCAGUUUCAUCUCUCUCAAGAAGUGGUUCUUCCAUCGUUCUACCCCAAUCCUUCUUCGCAAGAGGAGGUUAGAUGGCAACGUUUGGAUGUCACGAACUGCCUGUCUGUGUACCUUAAGUGUUCUGAGUCUUUCCGUAAAACUGACCAACUCUUCGUUUUGCCGUCGGGAGCCAGGAGAGGUGAGGCGGCUUCUUUAUCUACGUUGGAUUUCACUGGUAAUCAGGAAAGCAUAUAUUUCAAAAGGUCGAUCUCCUCCAAUGAAGAUAAGAUCUCAUUCUACUAGGGCAUUGUCGACUUAAUGGGCUAAUUGGGCAGAGGUUCCAUACGAUGAUAUUUGCAGGGCAGCCACCUGGUCUUACCUGAUGACGUUCUUGAAACACUACAAACUGGAUGUGGACUCUCCUUCCACCUCCUUUGGAAAGAGUGUCCUGUCUACGGUUUCUUUAUCCCGUUGAUAUUAAAUUUCUUUGCAGAAAGAGUCUGUUCAGCGUCUUUUCUCGGUUUAUUCUUCCCACCCUAUAAUUCUGUGAGCUUGGCUAUUAUCCAUAAGUGAUGCUGCCAUGAUUAGCCAGGAAUAGAGAAAAUUUAUAACAAAUUUACCGUAAUUUCCUUUUCUAGCUAUUUCUCAUGGCAGCAUCAGGGUUCCCGCCCAUUCUUUUAUUUUUCAGCUUUAUAAUUGGACUGAGGUGUAAGGGGAGGAGGGAUUCUUUAUACCUAUCAGUCUAAUUAAUUAAUCUAAUUAAUUCCUGUCCUGUGACUGCUAAGGGAGGAGCCACCCAUAAGUGAAGCUGCCAUGAGAAAUAGCCAGGAAAAGAAAAUUACGGUAAGUUUGUUAUAAAUUUUCUCUAAUACUGGCCACUUGUGCCCUCGAGGGCAACCCAAGUCUACACUCCUCCCCUCCUGAAAUAAAGCGGCCAGUGUAGGUAUUUCCCUCUUCCCUCAUAUAGCUAUAUAGUACCAAAUUAGUUUGGUUUACCUAGAUCAUUGGUUUGCAGCUGUCAGAGAGUUAGGCCAGACUGUGAGCUCCAGUCUGUACCGUGUAUACUGCCCUGUUGCUACUCUAGCUAAUUAACCCCUUAACGCCGUUAUGGCGUUCUAUGCCUUCCCCAUUAUAAUGGCCAUUAAAGUCGUUGCGGCGGCAUAGAACACCAUAACGGCUUUCUACCCCAGGAGCUCCGCAGUACUUACCUCCACCGCGAUCUGCUUUGGGAGGACUGCCUGAAAGCCCAGGCAGCCCUCCCCUGGCAAAUCAGGCCCCCAGGGGCCAUGUGAUACACUUAGAAUGAAGUUACAUAUAUAUAUAUUAUAUAUAUAUAUAUAUAUAUAUAUAAUAUAUAUAUAUAUAUAUAUAAAAUACAUAUAUAUAUUUUAGAUUUUUAUAUAUAUAUAUAUAUAUAUAUAUAUAUAUAUAUAUACGUAUAAUUACAAUAACAAAUAAAAUACAUUUUAAUAUUUUUUAAAAAUGAAAAUAAAUUAUAUACACAUAUGUAAUUUCAUUCUAACUGUAUUUUGUUAUAUAUAUAUAUAUAUAUAUAUAUAUAUAUAUAUAUAUAUAGGUAACAAAAUACACUUAGAAUGACAUUCUAUAUAUAUAUAUCUAUCUCUAUAUAAAAUACAAAUAACCGCAAACAUGUGUAUAUAUAUAGAUAAUUAUAUAUAAUUACAUAAAUGAUUACAUAAGUAUACACGUAGAAUUUAAAUACAUAUAUAUAUGUAUACAUAUUAAAAUUCUAUAUAUUUAAGUAAUCUUUUAUAUUUAAGUGUGUACUGCCCACGUCUGUGAAUUGUACUACCAUACAGAAGGUAUGUGGUAAAAUGUCACAAUUAAAAUACAAUUGUAAAAAUAUGACAGGAUGUGAAUAAAAAUGCAAGAAUGAUCAUUUGAUCUAUUUAUUUAUUUAUUUAUUUCUGUCUUAACCUUUCACAACCAAAGUAAUGGAAAUAAUUGCAGUACUGUGAUAAAUGCUGAAUGAAAAUGUGCAUGGUAAAUAUUACUGGCACAAAAUUGCGCGCAUAGCGAACACAUUGCCGUGUUUUCGGAAUGUGAGUUCAGACAGUGUGUAUUAUAUAUAUAUUAAUAUAUUUGUGCAGUUAUGAAAUUGUCAGCAGCUCUCAAUCCGAUUAAUAAACAACUACUGGGUUAAAUUCAAAAGAAAUUAGCACAUGUUUUUUUAACAUUUAGUAUAACAAACAAGAUAAUAAUAUAAUUUAUCAUGAGUGUUUUUUUGUGCUAAGAUUAUUUAUUUAUUUUUCACGUUAUUAGUAUGUAUGUCUCUCGUAGUGUCUUCCCAGAUACACCAGUGUGGCAAUCAGGACAGUAGGUUAGAGAUAUGGAAGGCUGCAGAGAUUUGUAAACGUGUUAGUGGUCUUAACCAAUAUGAUGGAGGUAAAAGUACCCAUUAAUGUAGCAGGUACAACAUGUAGGGUUCUUAUUUCUAUCCCUUCCUACAGCCAUUCCUGCUCUUCCCAAAACUCUCCCUUCCUCAAUAUCUCAAUCACCUCUGUUUUCCUGUUUAUUAUGUCUCCGUCCACCCACCUCUUGCUAUCCUGCAUCUCUGUCUUUCUCCCAUUGGUCUCUGUACCAGAUGAGACAAUUCUGUUCACACAGACACCCAGCCACCCCUCCCAUGUAACGCUUCAUUCAUAAAGCUGGCUGUGCGCAGUGCCUGUAACACACAAACGCAACUCAACGAGAUUCCGACAGAGAGACAUGGGACUGGGAAAGGAGACGGAAAAGGCAGACACAACAACCUGACAGAGCCAGAGGGAGAGGACGUUAGAGAAGGGAAAACAAGCUUAAUGAAGAUACAGAGUGUAACUGAUUGAGGGAGCUUAGAACACAGCUAUAUAUAAUUUUACACAGGCAGCCUUAUUACCUGUGCAAAGCUCUCCACUCAUAUUUUAAUAUUAUCAUAUCUGUGAGUGUCUUGUGUCUACAGAGACGUUGCAUGCAUACAACUGUACAACUACUCCGUUGCACGGCAUGCUGUACAUUAUAACCAAAAUAACUGAAUGUGCACACAUCGUGAAUUGCUUGUGUUAAUAAUCUGCAACUGUGUGUAGUGGCUUGUUUGUGUCUCUUUGUCUGUGUGCUAUUGUUUGCAUUGCACCGCUGUAUUUGUAUGUGCUCUCGUGUGUGCAUAUGAGUAUAUGGUUAAUGUCUGCUGUGUGUAGAUGACAUCCAGUGUGUAUAAAAGUGCGUAAUUGUCUCUUCUUAAAAUUUGUGAAGUUGUGACAUGGGUAGUGUAUUUGUUAUUUAAUUUUUUUUCUGUGAGGCCAUAUUAGUGUCAUUUAGUAAUAUCUCUGCCUUGCUGUAGUUGUGAUAUUGUGUGUUAAACUGUUAAUCUAUAUUCAGAGGCUCUGUGUUGUCUUAUACGAUUCAUGCUAGCCUAGAAUGACUUUAUGUUGGUAACAUUUCAUUGUGUUACUGCUUUGUGUUAAGAUUUCAUUGUGUUUGGUUUUGUGUUUGUAUAUUAUUGUGUGACUUUGCAGUGUUAAUAUAUUCUCAUGUUCAGCACUGAGAUGCCGUUGUGUGACUGUACAUUUUGCUAAUGUAGGCUUAUGUGGUUGUGUUUGUUAAUAUACAACUUUUUUUUGUUUUAUAGUUUUACUGUUAGUGAACAUAUCUUUGUGUGUUUUAUUGUGUUUGUGUAUGGUUUUAUUGUGUUAGAAUAUUGAGGUUUUUUUUGUGCUAAGAUAUAAUUGUGGGCUCCUUGUCUUGUUUGGUGGUGCUAUUAUUACAUAUUGUGUUCCUUUGGUUAUAUUAGCAUAUUUUUGCGUCGUGCUGUUGUGUUAGUUUUGUGUCUCCGAGUGCAGUGGGGUCAGGAUGGGAGCAAUCUUACAGCAUCUCCUGAUACUUCUAGUAGUGUUGUCAGGUAAGUUUGUGUUUUUUUUUUUAUCAGUCUGUGUAUAGGGAUGUGGUGAACCUGCUUUUCCUCUCUCCCAACCUAUCAACCAUUUCCUGGUACCCAGGCACUGAUAUUGUUUCCAUGGAUACCCAACAUUUAAAAGGAAACGCAUUUAAUGAAACAAAUAUAUGAUAUUUUAUUUUUUAAUUGAUACGCAUGUCAUAGAAAAUGUGAUAAUUAGUCAUAGGUUUGUCUUAUAUUUAACCCAAUGUGCAAAAUGACACAUUGAUGAAUGAGAUCGCCAGGAAUAGACAGUGUAACGUGAGAGGAUACAUCUCAGUGCCAGCUAUAUAUAGGCAUGCUGUAACACUGUGCCGUAUAACGCCACACCUAUAUAUGUAUAGCCUAUGCCACAGUACAUAUACUAGAUAUGGAUAUUUACUUGCGCGGAUACCCAGAUGUGAUUUAGAUAUCUCAGAGACAUGUAUGUCCACAUAGUAACAGUCACAAAAAUGUAUGUUGUGCAUAUAUGUGUCAGAUAUUGUGUAAUGGAGAUUGGAAUUGUAACACUGACAUCAGCGUUAAUUUCGUCGACUAACAAUAUUAGUAAAAUUUCAGUCGACUAAAAUUUUUGAGAUUUAGUCGACAAAUACUAGACUAAAACUAAAAUGGCUUUUUAGUCAAAAGACUAUGACUAAAACUAAAUUGAAAUUUGCUGCCAAUAUUAACACUGCAAAGACGGGCUGUGGAAGGGGCAAAAGAGACAGACCAAGGCUCGGGAGAGUGACACCUAGAGGGGCUGGGGAAGGGGCAAAAGAGACAGACCAAGGCUCGGGAGAGUGACACCUAGAAGGGCUGGGAGGACACAACGAAACACAGCGGGGCUGGGGAAGGGGCAAAAGAGACAGAUAGAGGUUUUAACUAAACCCAUUAGAUUUUAGUCGUGUUGACUAAAAUCUACUGGAGAUUUAGUCAUCUAAAACUAGACUAAACCUAAUACAAUUCAAAUAACUAAAAUACGACUAAAACUAAAAUGGCUCUUUAAUCAAAAGACUAUGACUAAAACUAAAUUGAAAUCUGCCACCGCAAUGAACACUGACUGACACCUACAUACAUGCUAUUCAAAGUGCAUUCUGUUGCAGUAAAGGGGAAAUGUCCAUCAAGAUUAAACUGCAUCCUGAAGAGGAGAUUACCCUGUGCAUCGUUUGAGAGCAAAACCUGUGGCCCUUGUAUAACCCAAUAUGUGGAAGAUCCAUCUGGGAACUGUGAGCUAAAGCAAGGUAUAUUUUAUGUAUAUUCAAUUAUCAUAUUAGUAGGUAGAAUGUACAUAGUGUACUCACAACAUCACCGAGGGUUCAUUCUGAAUGUAAAAUGUUCAGAGAAGGUCUCAUGGUGAGUGUAGGGCAAAGAGUGUGCAUAGUGUUGUCAAUAUGUAAAGCAUUGAUCAGAAAAAGGUCUUGUGGACAUCACAGAAGGCAAAGGAUAGACAGAAGGCGUUGUGGUUAUUAUUGAGGGCGAUGAAUAGAGAGAAUACCUUCUGGUCGUUAUCCAGUUUAUGAAUCACAAAUACUUUGAGAUGACGUUUGCUCUUUUUCCAAUUUGUAAAAUUCUUAGAGCAGUCAAAGUUCGUUGGCCCUGAGGAAAUAAUUGACUUUUUUAACAAAAUGGCGAUUUCCGGAACAAAGGUGACCAGAGAUCAGCACGUCAAUCAAAACGGCACAGGUACAUAGAGACAAAUGUGUGUAUGCCUGUGAUUACAUACCCUGACACAGACAAUUAAACACACACUAAUUACUACUGGGAGGGAGAAUGGUAUUAUAAAUUACAGAUUUAUUCAUUCUAAACCUGGGCUCGCUGGAAUGGCGAGGUGCAACCCUGAAAUUGUACUGUAACAAUAUUGUGAUAUUUUACCAUAACAUUUGAGUAGGUGGAAGUUGGUAGACAGGAGUCCGGGAGCUCAGAAAAAGAACACUGCCUAAUGGAAGAGUGGCAGAGGGGUUCAAUUAAUUAUAGAAAACCGUAUGAAGGGGGACUCUGGAAUAUCUGCACAAUUUAUAUUAUCAUUUUCAUUUAUACAGCGCCAACCUAUUCCGCAGCAAUUUACAAUAUUAUAUAUUGGGAAAUGUAAAAAUAAGUGAGACAAUUACAGAAUGCUAUAGGAACAAUAGGUUGAUGAGGACCCUGCUCAAAUGAGCUUACAGUCUAGAGGAGCUGGGGUAUAAAGACACAACAGGAAGGGCAUUGAAAGGGAUAGCAACUAAGCAACAUGAUGUGAAAGUUGCAGAACUGGAGGUGAGAGUUCCAAAGGAAAUGAGUGCGAGUUAGCAUUAAGGGUGCGAGCAGUGGACAGGAGGUGGCCAAGGGCAGAGGAGAGGGACCAAGAAGGGUUGUAACUACGAAUUAGUGAAGAAGUGUAACAGGGGCUUUAGUUAUUAAGAGCUUUACAAAAUGUAACAGGAACUAAAAUUGUUUAGGGUUAGUAUUUUUGACUCCUUUAAGAUACAGAAAACCAAUGUAACGAUUGACAGAGGGGCGAGGUGUGAGAGGAUCAACAGGAGAGGAAAAUCAGUCUAGUGGAAGCAUUCAUUACAGACUGUAACGAGUACCAUCAACUUGCAGGGAGAGUGAAAGAGGAGGAUUAGUAUUAUAACGGGGAAAAAGAAAAAGCUCAGUUUUAGAGAGAUUACAUUUCUGAAAGCGGGAGGACAUCCAAUCAGAGCUGGAAGAAAAAGGCAAGUGGCGACACGUUCUAGGAGAGUGCGGGAGAGAUCACAGGAGGAGACACAUAGUUGUGUGUCAUCGGCAUACAGCUGGUAGCGGAAUCCAAAGGAAUUAAUAAGUUUGCCAAGAGAGGCAGUGUAAACAGAAAACAAAAGGGGACCAAGAACAGAGGCAUGGGGAACAACAACUGAGACAAGACGAGGGGAGGAGGUAUAAUUAGAAAAGGAUGCACAAUGAAUUUUGGGAGAGAAAGGAUGUGAACCAUGAGAGGACACUGUCAAAGAGACUGAGGGAUUGAAGAGUUUGAAGGAGAGAAUUAUCAACAGUGUCAAAUGCAGCAGAGAGGUCUAAAAUUAUUUUUAUGGAGUAGUGGUCUUUUGAUUUAGCCAUGAUUAGAUCUUUUGGAACUUUAAUCAGAGCAGUCUCAGUGGAAUGGAGAGAGCCAGAAUUGAAAAAGCUAGCCAGACGGGUAAUGAUAAGUCGUUCCAGAAGCUUUGAGGCGAAAAGGAGCAGGGAUAUGGGACGAUAGUUGGUAAGGGAAGAUGGCAUUAUUGAAGAGGACCGUGCACAAUACCAGAAGAAAGAGAGCAGUUGAAGAUAUGCAUUAAGGUGCAAUACUGGGCAGUGAGAUCUGAUAAGGUGAGAUGGGGCAUGAUCAAGCGGACAAGUGGUGGGAUGACAGGAAAGUGAAGCACAGCCACCUCCUGUUCAGAAGCCGCUGAGAAAGCCUGAAGGGUAGGAAAGGCAUGGCACAAGUGAGAGAGGUGCAAAGGGCGGUGAAUUCCUUCCUUAACUGGUUAAUCUUGUCAGUAAAAUAGCUUUCAAAGCUAUCAGCUGAAAUUUUACUAUGGGGGUGGUGGCCACAGCAGGGCGAACAAGAGAGUUGAAGGUAUCAAAGAGACUCCUGCGGUUGUGGGAGUAUGAACUAAUGAGAGAGGAAAAGUAUGAUUGCUUAGCAAGGGUAAGGGCUGUGCUGUACGAACACAAGAUGAAUUUCUAAUGGAGAAUUAGUUCAUUAUUACAUGUUAUAAACAGGCUUAUAGUGGACAUAAUUGCAUAAUUAUUAAAGCAUACAGAAAGGAGAAUAGGGACUGGUAGUAAAAUGAAGGAACUAUAAUUCUUAUAAUGCUUUUAUUCUGCAACCAGCCAUCCACCUACCUCUCUAAGGCUGGCUCCUCCUAUAUCAGUGAUGGCUAAUCUGAUUUACAAAGGUUAGCUAUCAUUGUCCUAUAUAACAAGAAUCAUUUUAAACAAACUAUACAGUGUUUAAGGUCAAUAUUUGAUAUGUAAUUGGAGAAUUAGCUCUGUUAAUGAUCACAGCAGUCAGCUAUAAAAUACUACCUGGGCAGUUACUGUUUUAUAACCGUAUCAGCAGUACACUAAUCUAAUACCAUGGAUACAGACACAAAGAAUGAACUGCAGUGACGUUCUAUAUCAUUCAAUUACAUUUUACUUACAGGCCAGAGGAGGAGCAGAGCUUUAUUGCCACGGCUAUAGCUGAAUUGGAAAAAUCCUUCAAAUCCAUUAGGAAUGUUGUUUGACAUCUCAGUGUAUAGGUUAUUAGUGCUUCAGAAAAAUAUGAAUUUCAAAUAGUAAGUGUGUGAUCAUAGUUAUUUUCUCCUCCCUCCUUCUCUCAAUAGAUAGACACAUGCACAUAGCACACAUAGAUAUUUAAACCAUAAAUAGUGAGCAGAGAUGGACUAAUAAUGAAACUAUGAAAUUUAGGGCAAUUUAGCAAAGUUUAGCUGUGAUCUGCUAUCUCCUCAUGUAUUGGAGCUACAAAUAUAUUUAUUUUUUUCCUAAAGAUAAUGCGCCUUAGGCUGCUGUCAGGACCAUAUAAGAAAUGUUAAUGUGUCUAAUAGAUGCUGCAAUUAUUUUGCUUUUUAAAAGUCUUUUGUUUUUCUAUUAGUUUCUCCUGCAGGUAGCACCACAACUGAAACCACAUCCCAGUCACCCACCGCUUCUACUCCACACCUUCCUCAGCUUCUCAAUGAAUCCACCAGGACAGAACCCAUGUCACAGUCCUCGUUAACAGCAAAUGAGUGGAAAAUGGGUUCAUUGAGGAAGUCUGACUUUAACCAGACCAUCUCUCUAGGUAAUUACCCACAACACAUCAAACCUACCCAUAGUUCAUUUAAUCCCCCAAUGCUUUACUCUUUCAGUAUUACCAGUUUAUGGUUCCGUCAUACAAUGACAUCAAUUUCUCAACGGGAUUGAAUUCAUUAAAGGUGAAAAAAAAGUAAAAUUCCCUGUUUUUCUGUCUAGCAUUUUAAAAGAUAUGCAUUUUAACUCUGCUAAUGUCUACAUCUUUGUAAUCUGCAACAUAAUGUCAUAUGUCAGUGAUUUAUCUUUAAAUAUAUGUCACAGGGUUGUGGUUUAAUUGUCCCUUAUUGGCCACAGUCACAUGUAUUCUAGUGAUGCAGGAAUUUCACAUGCCCAAUCAGAUGCUUCCUCCAUAUGAAGGCUUCUCCUCAUGGGUGGGGCUUACAGAAAUAAACCAAACUGGGUGUGGUUAACAAAAAUGGACCAACAUAGGGGCUCUCCUCCUUGGUGGGGUUAAAAGAAACGGACCAAAUUGGAAAGUGGCCUAUGGGUGGUUCACUAUUAGAAUAGUAUCAUAAUACUACGUACAAGCCAAAUCCUGUUGAUUGGUGCAGAUAAUUCAACUCUUCCAUCGCACAUCUUAAAUAUAUUCAUGUAAUAAUUGGAAUAAUAUAUUUAGAAUGCCCCUUUCUACUAGAAUGACCUAUUCCACUUAAAGCACAAAACUUAUCAUCUAUAUAAAUAUCACAUCACAUCAAUUUAUAAUGUUUUCUCCUUUUUAUUGUAAAGCUCUGAUAGUGAUCUGCAGUCUAACAGCAUUUUCGGGUGUCCUGGUGGCAGCUCUAUGCUGGUAUCGGUGAGUGUUCUGUGGAUCUUAUUAAUGUUCCUCAUUUAUUAUCUAGGUCAGUGUUUGUGAAUCUGUGUAUAAUCCAUACAUGGAUACUGAUCUCAAUUAGUAAUAAUAAUAAUAUUGGUCAUGGGUGCUGGACUGAUUAUGGAUCACAGCAGAACAUCAUAGUCUUCCUCUGAUCUAGUCUUUCCUGGGGCUGGGGGGACAGAUAAAGAUGCACGUGGUCUCUGAGUGAUGGAAAUAUGUGGGAGAUGACAACAGUAUCAAAAAGCAGAUCACACACUUAAAGAUUAAAUUAAAUUAAAUAUUUGGAUAUUUUACCAGUAAAUAUUGCAGCGGGUAUAAGAGAAAACAAGAUCAUUGUGAAUUCCGUGGAGAAAGACUCAGUAAUUGACUACAUUAGUAGCACAUUUGACCAAUAUAGGCAUCUACACAUCAUUAACUAAAUGUAAUGAGCAUUUAAUUUCACUCUGAUGGCAUUCUGAUAGAGUUAUUUAUUAAAGUGAGAAUUCAACGUGAGGAAGAGUCAUUAUGGUCCUGAGUCAAAGCUGGUUCUUGUACCAUGGUUGUCUAGUGUACUAUAUUUGCAGUGACAAUCAACCUGCAGAUAGUAAAUAGUAAUCUAGGUUGAAAAAUAACUCAAAUCCAUGGAGUUCAACCUUUGAAACAUCUUUUAAUGCAGUUGCUCCAAAAGAUAGAUCCUUCUCCUUCAUAUAAAUAAAUGUUCUUUUCCUCUUGCCUCGUUUAGGUUACAGAAGGAGGUACGGCUGGCACAGAAGAUGGCAUAUUCAGCAUACAAGGGCACUAGGCAGCCCCCUUGCCAAAGGGUGAGCGUGAAUAAGUACUAUUUUCUAUACUAACACAACAGUGCUGAAAAAGUAAUCACUUCAAAUACCAUAUUUUUCUCUUGUCUAUCCCCUUUUUGCCUUGCAAUCAUGCAGUCUGCUAAUGAGAAUUCACAUUUUAUGUGGCAAUAUCACGAUGUGAGGAAGCAGCGCCAAGCACAGAGCGGGUGAGUGAGACUGGCACCUUAAAGACUGCUGUAGUGUUUCAUAUAAAGAUCUCUGUGGCUGAUGAAGUGAUACCUGCAGAAUAUUAUGCUGUAGACUGACUGCUACCUCUGAGAUGAGUUUAAUAGUUUAUAGAAAGCUUGUUCCUUUAAACAUUCCGCUUGGUUGAUCUUGCAGAUGGAAUAAAAUGCUGUCUGAGAUUUGACCCACGUUUCAUUUUUCUAGAUCAGCGACGAAACCUCGCCAGCAGCUCUCCACAGACUCGGAGGCAGAUAUUGAGGAAUUCACCAUGUACGAGUGUCCAGGUCUAGCUCCGGUAUGUCUCUACUGAAUGAAUUCUAGAUCAAGGAUUUUCAAACAGGGCCCUCUAGAACCCACAAUAGUUCUGUUUUUGUAUGUUAAAAUCCCUAUUGCUACAGAAUAGAGAAAUCACAAACUGCUGGAUUGAUGGGAACUUUUGCUCUAAAUCAUGUUUGUAAGGAUUAUUUUUCUAGAGAUCCAUUGUUUGCUGCAUGUGGCUAAAUUCUCACCAGACAUCAAACUUGGUUUUACACCUGAUUCCCAAGAAAUGUACGAAUCAAACACGACUUAGAAACACGUUUAUUAAGAUAUUUUCAUCUUAGAAACACUAAAUGCUUUAGAUAUGUGAAGGGUGAAUUGGUUGUUCUCUGCUGCACAACACGAGUUUACCAAAGUUACCCCAGAUGUUGUAGAACUUCCCAUGAAAGUUGCAGUUUUACAACGCUGGGGGCUGCAUGUUGACCAUCUCUCACUCCCAUCAUUAUAAGGGAAUUGACACAGAAUUGCAGCAGUCCCAUGUGGGACCUGAUGAAGUUUCAUACUCUGGCUGCUGCAGUAUUUUCUCCACAAUUAUCCUUGAGUAACCAGAAACGGGCAGCCUUGCAUGACUGUAACUGUAGACCAGUGCCGAGCAAACCCUGAAAGAAGGCAGGCUAUUGUAUUAACAUAGGAGUACUAAAUACUCUCUCCCAUUUUAUCCCGCAGGCAGGAGAGAUGGAGGUUCACAAUCCCCUCUUUGAUCCGUUACCAGCCAGGCAAUGAUGGGGAGUUUGUCGUGAAAUCCUGUUAUGAUUCUAGACAUAUAUAUAUUUAUCUGUAUGUGUUGCUGCUCCAAAUUGUGCGCAUUAAAUUUUGAAAUUUAUGCACCUCUUCUCCUUUAUAUAAAAUUUCUACUUAACAUUAAUUUACUGUGGAGUAAGUUACAGCUCUAUCAUACCAUCAGAAUACUAAUGCAGACACUAG